AUGGACACCGUCGUGGCGGGAGCGCUGGCCGCGUUCACUGUGGACCUGCUCAUCUAUCCGCUCGACACGCUCAAGACGCGUCUGCAAGCGCCGGACUCUGCCACUCGCUUUCCCGCCGGCCGCGGCCUGUACAGCGGCCUCUACCAGGGUGUCGGCAGCGUCAUCUUUGCCACGCUGCCUGCAGCUGGACUCUUCUUCACUACUUACGAGCAUUCGAAGAGCCUGUUGGCAUCGUCCAGCUCGCCGCUUGCCAAUGCACCGCCCGCCUUGUCGCACAUGCUCGCCAGCUCGACCGCAGAGCUUGUCUCGUGUCUCGUACUGACGCCGGCCGAGAUCAUCAAGCAGAGGGCGCAGGUGGUCAACAAGCAGCAGCAAAAAUCAAAUUCAUCUUGUUCGCAAGCGAAAGCGUCCACGUUAUCCUCCUCGUCCGCAGCAACCGCAGUAUCCGCAGCCAAGCAGACGGUGCAGCAGACCAGUCCUGGUGACUCCAAAGUGCAAAUCGCCAAGGAGACGGUCAAGAAUACCGUGGACAAGGUUACGAGGCAAGCGUCACCAGGCAGUGCCGCCUCUACCGCAAGAAACAUCGUGCUCGAUGCCCAAGAGAAACUGCAACAGUCUGCCACUGGCAGAUCAGACGCCUCUUCAAAAGGCCUAGCCACCGUCCGAACCGCUGCCGCGCCGCUGGGUUCGACUUUCACCCGUUCCUAUCUUGCUCUGGCCGGAAGAAAUCUUCCCUUCACCGCGCUUCAGUUCCCGAUAUACGAGUCUCUCCGCGAAACCUUUGGCGCCUGGGCAGGACUCAAGGCAGGAACACACAAGGAAGACGGCGGCGUCGACGACGUUCGCACCUCCGAAGACUUUCGCCGCCAAGCUGCACGCGACCAGACCAGCGUCGCAGCCGAGUUCGGCAAGGCCGGAUUGGUGGCGGGCGGCUCGGCGGCCGUAGCCGGCUCGUUCGCGGCGGUCGUCACUACGCCCAUCGACGUGGCCAAGACGCGCAUCAUGCUAGACACUGGCGAGCAGGCAGGCAAGCAGCAACUCGGUGUGCUUGCCACCAUGCGUCAAAUCGCGCUCAAAGAAGGUUGGAAAGCACUCAUGAAGGGCGGCGCACUCAGAGGCGCAUGGACAGCCCUCGGUGCAGGCGUAUAUCUCGGCAGCUACGAGGCUGGCAGGCUGUGGUGGAGAGACAGGCAGCGUCAUGCCAACAAUGCUUGA